AUGAAUGUAUGCAUAAACUCAAAAUGUCAGAUUUCUCCUUCCUAUCAAAUAGACACUCUUUGUGACUUCAAGUUUGGGGAAAGCAGAGGAAUAGUUUUGGAAAGAUGGAUGUAUUGGUUCUUCACACACCUGAUAGUGCCAUUAAUACAAGCCAACUUUUAUGUCACUGAGAGUGAACAUGGAAAACUGGAUGUUUUCUAUUAUGAGAAAUCAGUUGGGGAGAAUCUGAUGAAAAGUUCAGUGUCAAUCUUGAAAGACAAGUGCUACACUUUAUUAGAUGUGAAUGAUGUCAAAAAGAUUAUAAGUAAGAGAAGAUUUGGUUUCUCAAGGGUAAGAUUCCGUCCAAAACAAAAUGGGAUGAUGAGACCAUUAGCCAAUCUUAAAUCAUCGUCAACACUUCCCAACACCAAUAGGAACUGGACAGCUGUAAAUGUUGUUCUUAGAGAUCUGCAUGCUGCCCUAAAAGACCUUCAACUUGAAAAAGCAGAAAAGUUAGGAUCAUCAGUUUUCAGCUAUAAUGAUGUCCACAGAAAGUGGCGUGAGUUCUUGACAGGUGUCAAGAGUGGAUUGGGUGGUGAUGGUGGUGGUGUAUAUAUGGUUGUUGCUGAUGUCCAGAAAGCUUAUGAUUCUAUUGAUCAGGAUAAACUUGUUGAUGUGAUGAAAGAUGUGAUCACUGAUGAUCAUCUUUUACAUCAUACACAAAAUAUCAGCAUUUCAACAAACAGAAAACUUCAAAUCUCUAAAUACAUCAAUUCAUCUACACAAUUCCGAUCUUACCCUUCAUCCCACACCCACAGCAUCCUUGUUGAUACGGGAAGAAAAAGAAAAGCAAGGAAAGAUGAAUUGCUUUUUAAUCUGCAACAGCAUGUGAAGUACAAUGUGUUAAAAAUAGACAAAAACUUUUACCUCCAAAAUUCUGAUAAGGUUGGUAUGUCGGAUGGAGGGCAUUCUUGUCAGAAAUUGUUGAUGAGGUUUAUUGAUGAUUUUCUUUUCAUCUCAACAUCAAAGAAACAUGCUGUUGCGUUCUUGUCAAGGUUAGGAAGAGGAUUCAGGGAGUAUAAUUGUGAAAUGAACAAAGAGAAAUUUGGUGUAAGUUUUGAUUGUGACAUGAUUAUAGCAGAAUCAAACUCAAAAUCAAAUAGGGUUUAUUUUGAUGAAGAUGGUAAUAAAAAGUUUCUCAAGUGGAGUGGUUUGUUAAUUAACUGUGAUACUCUAGAAGUUCAAGCAGACUACACCAGGUACUUGGAUGGGGAUAUAAGUUCAAGUCUUACAGUGAGUUGGAAAGGGAGUCCAGUUGUUAAUUUGAGGGAAAAUUUGUGCAACUAUUUGCGACCAAAAUGUCAUGCCAUUUUCUAUGAUUCAAAGAUAAAUUCAGAAGGAGUUGUGAGAUUAAAUAUCUAUCAAGCGUUUCUGAUAUGCGGGAUGAAGUUCCAUGCUUAUGUCUCUCAUGUAUCUCACAUGUGUGAGCUUGAUGCGGGAUCCUAUAUGAACAUCAUCCGCAACUCUUUGAGGUUUAUGUACAAGCUUAUGAAGAAACAGAUGUAUUCUGGUUGUGUGGUAAGUGAUGAAAGUUUAAGGCCAAUUCUGAGGGUGAAAAAAAGAGAAGUGGAAUGGCUUGGAUUAAGAGCUUACUAUGAAGUGCUAAAGCGGAAGACAGGGAGUUAUAAGGAUGUGCUUUUUUUGUUGAAAACUUCACUUGAUGAUCAUGGAGAAAUGGUGUCGCUGUCACCUGCCUUGAAGUUUGCUACUCACAAGUCUAACUCCUCCCUAUUAUGGAAAAUCAAGUAUUGA